CACGGAGUCUGAGGGCCCCCCCCGAGACAGACCAAAGUCGCAUCCGCCCAGCUCCAAGAAGGAAGCUGCACAGCUCGGGGUCUCUGCGCUUGCAGGAGAAAUCAGUAGGGGUGGGACCCUGGCAAGGCAGCAGGAGCCGCUGGGUGGCUGGCUACUACAUUCCUGAAGACAGGAACAGAAAGAGACCUUAAAACAGGGUGGAAGGAAGGCAGAGGCAGAGCCAUUGUACGCUCACUUGGAAGGUUAUUGCUGACGUCUUGAAGGUUAUACAGCAAAAUUAGAUACAAGGAAAAGCAACUCUCGUUACGUGAAUAGUAUUAAAUUAGGCAACCCAUUUGCUGUACUCAGAUUGAAGUGAUACAGUUAACACCUGCAGAAUGCUUUAUGGAUUCUCUUCAGCAGUCCUUCAGUAGAGCCUUAAAAUGUCAGGGAGAGAGCUUGAACUAAAUUCACCACAAAAAAAUGUAAGGCUUCGACAUACGAAAAAAAUGGAUGCUCUGCUAAAUAUGUUUGUUCGGCUUCCAGAAGCAGACCAGAAACUCUUUACACAUGGAUCAUACUUCCUGGGAAUAAAUGGAGGCUUUUGUGGUUUAAUAGCAAACAGUUUUUUCAGACGCAUCCUAAAUGUGACAGAGGCUCGGAUUGCCUCUAGCUUGCCAAUGGCUGUUCUUCCAUUACUUACAACAGCAGCAAUUUACCACAGUGCUGUAACCCAACCUUUAAUUUCAGGUGAUCUAAUGUGUGCAACCUGUGCCAUAGUCAGAGGAGGAUUAAUUGGGUCUGUUAUAGGUGGUCUAUAUCCCAUUUUCUUGGCCAUUCCUAUAAAUGCAGGACUUGCAGCCAGGUACAGCUCAGCUCCAUUGCCUGGCAAAGAGAAUAUGUUACGCUUCUGGAUUAAAGUCUCUCAACCAGUCUUUAAGAAGAUGAGUUUUGCUAUCCUUCUGCAGGCUGCAUUUGGAAUUUACCUCAGCUCAAGACAGUACGGAAUAUUUAUGAAAAUGCUCCAGUUGCCUGAAGCAAGCAGCAAUCCUGAAGAACUCAAAGAUUAAAACUAAAAAAUACACAAGUCCCUCUAAUGCUUGUGUGGGUUACCAUAAUAAACCAUGAAACUAAACAAGGCAAGGAAGUUACUGCUUCACCGUUUUUUUUUUAAAUAAGUAAAUCAAGACUUCUCAAUGUCUUUCACUAUUAAAUUGUGAACUGAAACAGA